AUGGCUGCGGAGGAGGUUGUUGGCAAUGGGGCUGUCACCCCGCCCAUGCGCUCACUCACAUUUCAUGAUCUCCCAGCAGAGAUUCAACGGGACAUCCUAUCGCACUGCUCUCAAUCUGACCUGAUCUGCUGUGCUCUGGUUUCCCAACAAUUCCGUGAGCUUGCCUCUGCUUUGCUCUAUCGCAGCUUCAACAUCCUUUUCCCCGACGACGACGAUGUGAGAUUCGAAUCGCCAAUUGAUGGCCUCGCAGGUGGCCUGGAUACAUUCACCACCAGCGACUACAAUUAUGCAAAGCAUCUAAGGGAAUUGUCUAUGGAUACAGUUAGCACUGGCGUCAAAGCUGAGCAUGCAUAUAAACCGUAUCUAUACAGCACAAGCUGUGGUAAAUUCCUUAAUACCUUAUUAUAUUUGACGCUACAGAAGGCGAGAUCUCUUGAAUCCUUUCGGUGGAACAUUCGUGUUGAACUCAGCCGGCCUGUCUAUCGUGAGCUUCAUAAGAUCCAGACAUUAACUAAAUUCCACAUCCGUUUUCAGGCUGGCGAAACAUACUACAUGACGCCGCCUCCACUUCCUCUGAGCAUUGAUGACCUCCCUGCAACUUCGGCCCAUUGGUCAGAUAUUCCUCCACCUCCUCUAGGACCACCCCCAGCAAUGUUCACUGCUACCUUGGCUGGUCCCAUGACAACUCUGUCAGUGAUUCCGCCGCCUCCUCCUCUGCUGCCAACCUCGAAGCAGUUCCCGAAAUCCAAAGCGAGCAAGCGCGACUCGAAAUCACAGGAGCCUCCGACACUUUCAGGUUUUAAGAAGCUGAAAAGUUUAUCUGUCCUCGACAUAGACAAUCUUGAUUUGACUACGGAGCUCAAGACUUGCAUCCGAAAUUCCUCCGCUACCCUCACAGAGCUGCAUCUAUCCUUGUCAGAUUCUUUGGCGCUGCAGGCCAGGCGACCACCGCCUGAUUCGGAUCCGGAUGAUUCAGAUGUUGAUGAUGAGUUCCAAGUAGUGCCCGUCUCACAAAGCACCACUUUUGAUGCGAGUGGGCCGGCAAAAGCUUUCCGCUCUCAGGAGGAGCGUAAACUUCAGGAGGGUAUUCUCGGAAGAAUAUUCGAUGUCGAACCCUUCAUACUCAAAAAGCCUGCGCUCAAUCAGAGUCCCCGCGAAGCAGCGACUAGUCAGGAGGAAGGGUUAGAAGCCGACAGCAACGAAAGCUCUGAGGAUCCCCGCGAAGAAUUUGUGUCAUCUCUUCGCAGCGUAUCGGCAAGGUUGAUGGCACAGGAUGGUACACGCGAUAUCUCUACAGCACAACAAGAUAUUCUAGAUAUCAUCGAGAAAGCAGCCAGGAAAUAUGUGGACUCGGGCGAGCGUCCUUCUCAACAGCCCAACGAUUCGCCGGAAAGUCCUACUGUCGUGACUAAAGAUGAAGAGCAUCCAAGUGACGGGAAUGACCAGGCGAGCUCAGUACCAGUCGAUACUCCCAACUUAGCUAUGCGACCCAAGAGCAAAGCAUCGAGUGGCGAUCUAUCACCGGACGAUAUUGAUAUCGAGCACCUCGAUACUGUAGACGAUCUCGAAGUAGAAUCAGAUGAGCAACAAGGAAAAGAGCCAGAGGAGAAACAAAUUGAACACGCAGAAUCCGAAAAGCCAGACACAGCAUGUUCUUCGGCUACCAACUCAGAGGAUCAGGAGACAAAUUCUAAGACAACCUCAGCCAUUGGGCUGGACAAAGUUGGCACGAACUUGAUUGCGCAGCAAGUGAAUUAUGAGUCACUUCUGUUGGAAUUGCAACAGCUGCAGGAACAGCAAGAUGAAUUUGUUCAACAGGUCAAGGCAAUGUCUGUCCAGAGCACAGUCAUGGAACUCGAUCAAAUUAAGGACUCGGAAACCCGACUCAGAGAAAUGAGCCAGAGGACUAAACGCGUUCAGGACGCCAUAGAAACCACCCACCUUGAGAUAAAGGAGGCUAAGAACCAGGUCUGUGGAAAAUCUCAGGUUGAUGGUAGGGAUAAAUCACAGCGGUCAAUCGACGAGUAUCUGCGAGAUACUAGAGGCAUUGCACUGGAGACACUAGGCAUCCACCUGAUUCCAGUCAAAGCAUCUGUUCUCUCAAGGGCCAUUGACUUGAAGUGUUUGAAGAAUCUGACAUUGCUCAAUGUUGGCAACCAAGCGCCAAUCUGGACGUUACUUUCCAAGGAAAACAAAACCUCCCCUCUGGCCCUGCGCAGUGUUUUUACUGACAAUGUAUCGACCGCAUUCUUGAAUUGCAUGUCGCAACUUGAAGAAUUGCAUGAUUUAUUCCUUUUGGAACGAAGUGCUAAACAAAAACCCGAAAGUUUCGCGCCACGGACUACCGUCACUAUCGAUCAGAUUCGUCGGUUGGUGCUAAAGAAGCACAUGCACACUUUAAAGAGGCUGAUGAUCAAAGACGAAUCAAACAGCAGCGGAUGGGAUGCGAACCAGAAAGCAAUGAUACUUAUUUGCAAUCGUGGAGUGCAGCUCGAGGAGCUAGCUCUCAGUAUGAACAUCCACGCGGUGCACGCUUUCAUGCAAUAUUUCUCAGGACUUAUCAACCUCCGUGCCAUCAACAUCCUCCGGUUCAGGAAUAACGACACAUGUAUAUGGGUCAUGCGCGAGAUCUUGAACUUUAUCGUGGAUAACCUCUCUCACCACCCCAAGCUGAAGCUGGAGUGGAUCGCAAUGGAGGAUGACCGGCUCGAUCGCGUUAUUCGCCCUACAGACGUGCCAGAUGAAGGGGAAAAGAGACGGGCUAAGGGGAAGGAGAAGGCUACUGCGAUCCCUCAUCACAGUAGCAUUAAUCUUCCUGUACUGCCAACCUGGGGUUCGGAUAGCGAAAGUGAGGAUGAAGAUGACGACGCCUCGAAUUGUGGAAAGAGACUUCGACUCAAGACUGUUGGAGUCCUCCAGUUUUAUGAGGUCUGGGGUGUUAAGAUUUUUGACAAAGAAGUCCGAUCCGGCCGGCUUUAA